GUAAAGUUAAGAACGUGCCUUGGAAAAGCAUCAUGACGUCUACAGCCGUUUGGGCCAUCAUUAUGGCGCAUACAUUUAUUAACUGGACUAUUUUUUCUUUCCAAGUGAUUCUGCCAUUGUAUAUGAAAGAAGCGUUAAGUAUCGAUUCGAAAUCAAAUGGUUUAAUGUCUUCAGCUCCGUUUAUUGGACAAAUGAUUGCUAUACCAUUUUGUGGAAGAUUUGCAGACUUCUUGCGUUCAAAGAAUUAUCUUUCAACACGAUCCAUCCGAGUUCUUUUCCAGUCAGUUUCUUACAUUGGUUCAGCGUCUCUGAUUAUCGUGAUCGGAUUCCUUGAUUGCAACCAAACGACAUUGGCCGGAAUUCUUUUCUUUAUUACUGGGAUGAUUCUAACAUUUUAUGUAGGGGGUUUCAUUGUCAAUCAUGUUGACAUUGCUCCUAAAUACGCUGGUAUAUUGUACGGAAUUACCAAUACU